AUGAACGACCGACGAAGAAUCAAUGGCCCGCCUGGGGGUACCCGGCCAGCGGUCUUUGCAUCGCAUCUUGAAUCCAGCAGCGCCGCGGAUCGAGCCCGCCGCGAGCGUCAACCAACCGAGCUCCGGAAAAUCUUUUUGAAGACGGGUCUUAUCCCCUCAGCCUCCGGCUCUUCAUAUCUCGAAUUCCAACCCUCUGCUUCUCUUGCUGCCGCGCGCUCCAACCCCAAAUCCUUGAUCCCACCUUCAUCCGCGUUGAAACUCGCCUGCACAGUCCAUGGCCCAAAACCAUUGCCUAGAUCAGCGGCUUUCUCUCCCAAUCUUGUUCUCACUACACAUGUCAAGUACGCACCCUUUGCGGCUCGCAAGAGGAAGGGACACAUCCGUGAUGCAAGCGAGCGUGAUCUUGGCGUCCAUCUGGAGACUGCCUUGCGCGGGGCAAUCAUUGCUGAGCGCUGGCCCAAGUCUGGCAUCGAUCUGACAAUCACUAUCCUGGAGGCUGAGGAUGAUCGCUGGUGGGCUGAUGCCCCCGAUUCACACGAUGCGUCGUGGGGUAUGAUGAAUGUACUGGCUGGGUGUAUUACUGCUGCAUCAGCGGCCAUUGCCGAUGCCCAUAUUGACUGCCUGGACAUUGUUGCUGGUGGUGUGGCUGCAUUGGUUUCAGAUGACUCCGGUGACUCUUCUCCCAGGUUGAUGCUGGAUACGGACCCGGCUGAGCAUCGCUCAAUCUUGUCUGCGUGUGUGGUAGCUUACAUGCCUGCUCGGGAUGAGAUUACAGAGCUUUGGCUUAAGGGAGACAGCUCCAAGGUUCUAUUGGAGAAGGGAGAUGAGCGAACUGCUCAUGAAGCAUUAAUAGAUGGGGCUGUGGAUGCAGCUAGAGGAGCCCACUCUGUUCUUGGGGACGCACUUCGGGAGUCCGUCUUGGAGGCCGUGAAAUGUUAA